GAGACCACAAACGCCAGCAGUCGCAGGCAAACCAUCACCAGGAAGAGUGGAUUCAUCGCAGCAGCUCCGAAGAACAAGUCAGAUCAGUCAUUACUUCGUCUUCAUCUUACCUCUAACAAUGAAGACUUGGGGCGUUUUUCUGGUCAUAGCAUCGAUGCUAGUUUCCGGCUGCGUCUGUCAGAACACAAGUAAGUAAAUCCCGUGUCUAAUGGAGGACAUCACUACAACUCGAAGAAGACAAAACUCUUGCUAUGACACGGAUGCCUGUGAAGCUCUGAGCUCCCGAUGUGUUGAUGUGGGAAGCUCCAGCUCUUGCGACGCUACAAACGCCAGCUUGUGUGGAUCAAAAUUCUGCACAUGCUGCAUUAUAACACCAUGCACACAAACUACCGAAUGUACCGGAUAUGGUGGCAGUUGCAGUAAGAUCUCAGCUGGAUGUUCGGGCACUUCCUAUGACGCAGGAUGCGCAGCUUCAACUUGCACUUGCUGCAUUGCUGAUACUUCUACUUGUGUCACACUACCUACCUGCAGAGAUGCUGGAGGGUUGUGCAUUGCUCCUUCUCAAUCAGGCAACUGCACAGGUGUUCUCGACCCCAAUGGCUGCCUUGGAGACAGCUGUUCCUGUUGCAAGGGAGGUUGUGAGAAGACGAACAAGUGCACCGCUGUUGGAGGCUACUGCUUCCGAAAAAGAUGGUCCCCACGUGUGUCACGGGAUGGUCUUCAGAUUUUGUGUUCUUGGGAACUGUCGCUGUUGCGUGGAUCCUCACUGGCACGGGCAUGGGCUAGGUUAUGUGAACGGUAUUUGGAACAGUAUUUGGAACAGUAUUUGGAACGGGAAUGGGAAUGGUCGGUAAUGGUAAGAAAGAUUUCCAUUUCUUGAUUUUUUGUCAUGAGGAGCACCUCUGUGAUUGACUGAAGAUAGAUUGUUUAAC